CUCUCUGCUGUCAGAGGGAGGAGACAUUAUUGAACGUUUGAUGCGCGCCGCAAGCCCACCAUAACUUCAAAUUGCAAGUUGUCAGUCAGAUGGGUUUUGGUCCGAGUGGGAUCAGGUUCAACCUCGCGCUCUCAGACGGGAAACGUGAGCAGUUCGACAACACGUAAAGAUAACCCCAGCCGAGCUGAAGAUGCCCCAGAAGGACCCGACACCAAAUAUCACAUCGAAUGCCAACUCCGGAUUCUAUCUCAGCCGGAAGGUGGUGGUGUUCUUCGGCCUCGUCAUCGUGGGGUUACUGUUGGUAUCGACGGUGUUAGCCAUACUCUAUGGCAAACUGAGGGCUGACAAAACUCAGACCGUCUCGGCGACCUGGGAUCUGCCCAGCACCGAUUGGCCGCCUUUCUCUGGCCGCCAGGGUCCGUGGAACAACUCACGCCUACCGAAAACUCUCAUUCCCAGGCAUUACCAGUUGGAGCUGUGGCCUCGUCUGCUUCCCGGGCAGCAGCAACUCGAGAGCUUCCUCGGCCAGGUGAAUCUGACAGUGACCUGCAAGGAGGAGACCGAGAUCAUCUUGCUUCACAGCCAGGAGCUCAACUACAGCUGGGUGGCUAUCAGCGCUCGCCGCCCCGGGUUGCGCUCCUCUCUCACCAUCCUGGACAUCUGGCUAGAAGUUCAAAACCAGUACUUGGUGAUUGAACUGAAUGACACGCUGGUACCGGGGCAAGACUACACCAUCCAGGCCAACUACAGCGGGCAGUUGAUAGACGGGAAGGCGGGGCUUUGCAUCCACAGCUAUUUGGAAUGGGGGAUCAACAAAUCUGUCAUUUCAUCACACUUCGAAGCGACAUUUGCUCGAAAGGUUUUCCCGUGUUUCGAUGAACCUGCUUUAAAGGCAACCUUUGAUAUCAGACUUGUGCACCGUUCUCAGCUUCUAGCGCUCUCUAACAUGCCAGCAAUCGAUUUUUCUGAAAGACUGGAAGAAGAUGGUACAUGGCAAGUUACAACAUUUGACACCACCGUGAAGAUGUCUACCUAUUUACUGGCUUUUGUUAUUUCUGACUAUAGUAACAUUAACACAACUUACAAUGACAUAGAGAUUCGUGUGUGGGCAAGUAAAAAACACAUAAUGGAUGGUGAUGCUGAUUAUGCAUUAAACAUAACAGGGCCAAUUCUCUCAUUCUUUGAGGAAUAUUUCAAUAUAAGUUAUCCCUUACUCAAGUUAGAUUUAGUAGGAUUAUCUCAUUUUCAAGACACUGCAAUGGAAAAUUGGGGUCUGGUGAUUUUCAUUAACAGUGCACUGCUUCAUCAUCCAAAGAAGGACUUUUACGAAGAUAAGUUGAAAACAACUUUAAUUAUUGCACAUGAGUUGGCACACCAGUGGCUUGGAAAUCUGGCCACAAUGAAAUGGUGGAAUGAUCUGUGGCUCAAAGAAGGAUUGUCAACAUACUUUGAAUUCAUAGCUGCUUCUACUGUACUGCCAAUAGAUACGGAUAGUAUACACCUUGCUCCUUUUGUUUAUCUAAUAUCUUGCUGUCAAUUCGAUUGGUUCUUUCAUCGCUUGUCUGAGAAAGAAGAGGAUGUGAGCACAGCAGACCAAGUUAUUGACAUGUUCAGCACAGUUAGCUAUGUACAGGGUGCCAAUGUUGUCCACAUGAUCUCCAUUUUAAUGACAAGUGAACUACUUAUGGAAGGACUCAGAUCAUACAUCAAGACAUUUUCCUAUUCAAAUGCUGAGACAGACGAUCUGUGGAACCAUUUGCAGAUGGCUGUUGAUAAUCAAGAUGCAAUUAAAUUACCAGCAUCAGUAAAAUCUAUUUUUGACCCUUGGACAAAGCAGAGUGGAUUCCCUCUUCUAACAGCUAAUACAACAAGUGGCAUCAUAAAACAGGAGGACUACUUUACAAAGAGGAAUGGAAACGGAACCUCAAGUAGCUCAUGGUUUGUUCCAAUUUUCUGGAUGAAGAGUGGAUCUAUGCAACCUCUGAUCUGGCUGAAGGGAGAAUAUGAAACAUUUUCUGAAGUAAAACGUACUACUGAUGAAGAAUGGAUCCUGCUAAAUGUCAAUAUGUCAGCCUUCUACAGAAUUAACUACGAUGAUUCCAAUUGGCAUCAGCUGGGACAACAAUUAAACAAUGACCCAUCUGUCAUUCCAGUUGUUAACAGAGCACAGAUCAUCAGUGAUGCAUUUGAAUUUGCAUGGAGAGGAUUUACUGAUAUUGAAAAUGCUUUAGGGACAACAGCAUAUCUUGCUAAGGAACAGGAAGGUUUGGUCUGGGACCUAGCCCUGGACCAGUUAAUACAAGUUGGAUUCAUAAUAAUCACAACCUCAUCAUACGGGCUUUAUAAGAAAUACCUCUCCAACCGAAUUGCUCCAUUUUAUUAUUAUCAGAUGAAUUUGAUCAACGAGGAUCUCAAUAAUAUUAAAAAUCAUGAAUUUUUCUCAAAUAUAUUCUGUUCAACUAUGAGGACAGCAUGUCUUCUUGGCUUAAAGGACUGUAUGGAUCGAACAUCGAAGCUUUUAUCGCAAUUCAUGAGUGAUCCAACGAACAUAACAUUUCCAGAGUCUCUCAGAGAAGCAAUCUUCUGUGGGGCUAUUAGAGCUGGCACAGACAAAGAAUGGGAUUUUGUAUUUUCAAUGUAUCAGAAUCAAACUUUAAGAUCAGAAGAUACGGAUCUAAUUUCUGCUAUGGCAUGUAGCACCGAACCAUGGAUUCUAAACAGAUAUUUACACUAUACAAUGGAUGAGUCCAUUUUCACUGGGAGUCAAGUUAAGAGGGUUCUUAAGUCUGUUGCAAGUAAUCCCAUUGGUCGUUUUUUAGUACAGAAAUUCAUAAAAGAGAACUGGCAAGUUCUUCAAAAUAUGUUUACAGAGAUUUAUGAAUGGGAAUUUUUAUCCUGGAUACUGAUUGAUAUUGUGCCUGACUUUGAACACCCAGAGCUUCAACAAUUUCUCGAAAAUUCAGAGGUACUAUUUGUUGAAAUAACAAAAAAGAAUUUCAAAUGGAAGAAGGAUAAUUAUUCUAAAAUUCACAACUGGUUGGCUAAAAACAAUAAAACACAACGGCAACUGAAAUGUUUAGCAUUUCAGAACCCUGGUCCUUUACUAGCUGAGUUCAACCCUGAGACCAGACUGCAAACAAAGGAGAUCCGCAGGACCAAGCUAAGGCAGCUUGUCUUUGAAAAGAAUGCGGUUGGGCAGAGAAAAUACGACAGUACUGGCAAACUGCUGCUUAGUGGUGUAGACUUGUGUGACUGCCUGGAUGAAAACUGCCCUGGCUGUUUCUAUCCUUGUUCCAAAUGCAGUUCUUGGAAAUGUGGCCCUAUGUGCCGUUGCAACCGCAAGUGGAUCUACGACGGCAUCGAAACUGAAGGAAUAGAUGUAGUGCAAAAAUUCCCUGAUUUGGUCUCUAAUUGAAUCUGUUGUGAACGUACAUUCUUUCCUACUGAGUGAACUAUGUUGUGUACAGGAUUUGUAGUUAUUUUCACCUCAAAUGCAAGUAAAAUAAUGUUGACAUUAUUUAUCUUCUGC